UCUCUCUCCUUCAGUACAUUCGGUGCUCCUCAGGUGCACGAUUUUAUUCUUGUUAUUGUGCUUUUACUUUUUUUUUUUUUUUUUAAAUUUUCUUUUUCGAAAAUGAGAAGAUUCCUGAGAUGGGUCGUCUGGAUCUGAUGAAUUUUCGCUGAAAUUGGAAGCUGAUCUCUGCUAGAGUCCAUGUCAAGAUGGUCAUUUGAUCCAUGGGUAAUGGCGUUGUAAGAGUUUGAUUUAUAGGCAAGAGGAGCAACGUAAAUUAUUUAUAUUGAUAUAAUGGAGGACGAGAAUGGACUUGAGCUAAGCUUGGGCCUUUCAUGUGGUAGUUCUGGUGGAAAAUCUAAGGGUAAAGAUAGCAGUUCGGAUACCAAGACAGAGGAAGGAGUUUCGAACAAAUUGAUGGGUGGCAGUUUAAAUGUUGGUGAUGCGUCAUUUAAGCAUUUUAUACAUCACGGGAAACAUGAAUUAUUAAGUGGGAGCCAAAGAAGUGAGCCGGGAACACAACAACGAGAGAACUUCUGGACAGACCUUGGAAAGUGCUCUGGUCAAGAAUCAACAAAUGUUUCUAGUGACGUGCAUGGUAAUUCCUCACAGUUUGCUAGGUAUCAGGAACUGUGGGGUGGAAAUAAGAGGUCAUCUGAAAUUGUAGAGGAGAAGUUGGAUCAGCAUGAAAUCGGGUCGAAGUUGUGGCCAGAUACUGGUAACAAGCGUAAGAUGUCGUUCGAUGAUAUGAAGCACCAAAAGAAGCACGAAAGGGAAGUCGAGCAUGCCGAGGCACUUGGUAAGACACACAUGGGUGUUGCCGGGAUAGUCAAAAGUUCACAUGUUUCAGAAGAUGGGUCAUUUGCAGAAAAUGAGGAUGUGGCAGAGUCUGAAGCUGAGGUCUCGACAUCAAAGUUGGUCUCGCAGCAUGAUGAUGGUGCCAAACAAUAUAAGGGCAGUGGGUCUGAUGCUUCCCAGUUUAAGGAAAAACAAGGUUUCAGCGAAUCACAUGUAAAUGUGGUUGGAAAUGAAUCUGGCCUUGAACUUGGCAACUUGCCUUAUGGGAUCCAAUUUUCACUCCAACAGCAGUCUGCAACUUCUUCACCUUAUGCCUUGCCUGUUAAGAUUCCAACUACCGCUGCUGCAUCAAACUCAGCUGGUGUUCCUUUUCCUUGUGUAAUGCAACUUAUGCCUAACACAAAUAGUGAACGCCCCACCAUCCAGUCAAUCAACCCGAGUAACUUUCAGAUGGCUUUUGGUUACUCUGCUGUACAACUCCCAACUUUGAAUGCGGAUUCCUCUUCGGGAUCAGCUUCUCAUCCUCAACAACUAUCUGCCUUUUCUGCCAGGAGCCUUCAUAAUGGAGUAGCAAAUGCAGAUCAUUCCAAUGAUAAUUUAAAGAUCUCACAAGCCGCUGUAUCAAUCCCUCACCAUGCUCCUGAAGAAACUGGUGCCUCUUCCUCAUCCCACAAAGAAGACUAUUCAAAAGGAAACAACACCAUCUUCAAGUCAAAGGAAAUCUCUGACCGACCAGCUAGUGUGGAAAGCAUAUCUCAUGACGGUUCAACAAUAAGGCCGGGUAUUGCAGCUGACUUGAAAUUUGGAGGCUCUGGAUCGUACCCGGAUCUGCCAUGGGUGUCAACCACGGCACCUGGCCCAAAUGGCAAGACCAUUUCUGGCGUCACCUACAGAUAUGGGCAAAACCAGAUCAGAAUCCUCUGUGCUUGCCAUGGUUCCCACAUGUCCCCAGAAGAGUUUGUUCAACAUGCUAGUAGUGAGGCGCCCAACCAAGAAAAUAAUGCAGGUUUGGCAUCCUUUCCUGGUGGCAAUCCAGCAGCAUCGGCAGCACAAAGCUGAUCUCUCAUUUUCUUGGUGGACUAGACUGCAGUAACUGAUCAAACAGUUUAUCACUCACUACUCGCAUGCUGCCAUAUGCUUGUUUAUGUUGUUUGUAUUCUUAUUUUCAUUUUUUUUUUUUCUAUCUGAACAGCUAACAUUUUAGGUUUAUGUAAUCUUUAUUGACUGUAAGAUUUUGAUGUGCUAUUAAGACAGGAAGUAUCGGUUUCA